CUCCUUUUACUGUCAUGGCACAUCAAAGUACAAAACGGAGUGUCAUACAGUACAACACAGAGAACAUGCCCUUAUCUGUUAAAGAGAGAUCAGCUAGGUACAGACAGAAAUUGAAGGAAAAUCCUGUUCUCAGGGAGGAAAAACUAGCAAAGAGAAAAGAAAGCUAUCAUAGAAGAAAACAAGCUCUCAAUGGCAGAAAUCCAGAUCACCCUUCAAUUAAAGAUGUUUCUGCAGCUGAUGCUGAAAAAAGAAGAGAACAUUGGAGAGAAACUCAGAAGAAGUUCAGAAAGAAACAAAAGCAAGCAAAAGCGGUGCUUGACCUCACCCCAGAUUCAUUUGAAGCACCACCUGAAAACAUUGUUAAUAUACCGGAGCCUGAACCAAUACCACUACAAGAGGUGGAACAAAGGCCUCUGUCCCCUACACAUGUGGUGAAUGCUCCUCUGGCUUCUUCCACUCCAGAAAGACUACCAAUGCGCUUUAAAAAACUCAAAAAGGAGAAGAGAGAUCUGAAUAAACAACUUGCUGCUCUUCAAAAACAACUGUCACAAACAAAACAAAGGUGCAACACAUUAAAUAAGCUUUUGAAAAGGUCAAAAAAGACUAGAAAAGCAAAAGAAAAAGUAGCUAGGAGUGAGAUGGUGUUGAAGGCUAAACAAAGGAAAGAGAGUGUGAUCUCAUUCCUCUGUAGAGAUGAGAACAGUCGCCUUCUGCCUGGAAAAAAAGACACAAUAACCAAAAACAAGGUAAGAACACAGAGGCGUGUCCUUACUAAAACAAUGAAAGAGCUCCAUGCGCUUUACAUCUCGGAGGUGGACACAAAACUCUGUGUCUUACAGACAAUUUUACCGCUCAUGGCCAUUUCGUCACUGAGCCUAAGACUAGUGAUCGAAACACUUGUGCCUGUAUCGACCACGAAAAUGUGGCACUUCUUCUGA